AUGGCGGCCUCGGAGACCUCCAAUGGCACAUCCUUGAGGCAUGCUUUUGGAAAUGUCCUCUCCUUCUUCAUCCUCAUCCUGAUCGGUGUUCUCGCAUUUUCGAUCCGUCUCUUCUCUGUCAUAAAAUACGAGAGUGUAAUUCACGAGUUUGAUCCUUAUUUCAAUUACAGAGUCACUCAGUUUCUGACAAAGAAUGGAAUAUACGAUUUUUGGAACUGGUUUGAUGAUCGAACCUGGUAUCCUCUUGGUCGUGUGAUUGGUGGAACUGUUUACCCUGGAUUGACCUUGACAGCAGGAACCCUAUGGUGGUUGUUGAAUUCAUUAAACAUUCCUCUUUCUGUGGAAACUAUUUGUGUAUUUACUGCGCCUAUAUUCUCUGCUUUCACAUCAUGGGCAACUUACCUUCUGACUCGGGAAGUUAAGGGUGCUGGUGCUGGACUAACAGCUGCAGCUCUUAUAGCCAUGGUCCCAUCAUAUAUUUCUCGCUCAGUGGCUGGAAGCUAUGACAAUGAAGCCGUGGCUAUUUUUGCUUUGAUCUUCACUUUCUAUCUUUAUAUAAAGACACUGAAUACAGGAUCCCUCUUUUAUGCAACUCUUAAUGCCAUAGCAUACUUUUACAUGGUUUGCUCUUGGGGAGGCUACACAUUUAUUAUUAACCUUAUUCCAAUGCAUGUGCUUCUCUGCAUUGUAACGGGUCGCUACUCUUCUCGUCUAUACAUUGCAUAUGCUCCUCUUGUUGUGUUGGGAACAUUGUUAGCUGCUUUGGUGCCGGUAGUUGGAUUUAAUGCUGUCAUGACAUCAGAACAUUUUGCAUCCUUCUUGGUUUUUAUUAUUAUACAUGUGGUCGCUUUUGUGUACUAUAUCAAAGGGAUUCUCUCUCCAAAAAUGUUCAAAGUGGCUGUUACGCUUGUUCUAUCCAUUGGCCUGAUAGUAUGUAUUGCUGUGAUAGCAGUACUUGUAGCUUUGGUGGCAUCAAGCCCAACAAAGGGAUGGAGUGGGCGAAGCCUUAGUCUACUUGAUCCAACUUAUGCAAGCAAGUACAUACCGAUUAUUGCUAGUGUUAGUGAGCAUCAACCUCCUACUUGGCCCUCUUACUUCAUGGACAUUAAUGUGUUGGCAUUCUUGGUUCCAGCUGGCAUUAUUGCUUGCUUUUCACCCUUAUCAGAUGCAAGCUCCUUUGUGAUCCUUUACAUUGUAACUUCAGUAUAUUUCUCUGGAGUCAUGGUGCGGCUUAUGCUAGUACUUGCUCCAGCAGCCUGCAUCAUGUCUGGGAUUGCUCUUUCUGAAGCUUUUGAUGUUUUCACACGAUCAAUCAAGUUUCAGUUACCUGGUUUACCAGGAUUUUCUGAAGUUGAUGCUGGGGAUACCAGUUCUGAGAGCACUGUACCGCAGACUGAAGUGCCAAAGACAGAUAAAAGUGGAGACACAUUGAAGGAGAGACCCUCAAGAAAGAACAGGAAGAAGGAAAAGGAACCAGUUGAAAAGCCUUCCAUUAAAUCUCAAAUUGAAAAGAGACUUCUGGUUUUACCAUUUGAGGGAUCUGUUCUUGCUAUUUUUCUACUUGUGUUGCUUGGAGCCUUCUAUGUGGUUCAUUGUGUCUGGGCAGCAGCUGAAGCUUAUUCUGCCCCAUCUAUUGUUCUAACAUCUUAUUCAAAUGAUGGUCUCCAUGUUUUUGAUGAUUUUAGAGAGGCUUAUGCAUGGUUAAGCCACAACACUGAGGUGGAUGAUAAAGUUGCAUCUUGGUGGGAUUAUGGGUACCAAACUACUGCCAUGGCUAACCGUACUGUCAUUGUUGACAAUAAUACAUGGAACAACACACAUAUUGCAACUGUCGGUACUGCCAUGUCUUCUCCGGAAAAGGCGGCUUGGGAAAUUUUUAACUCGUUGGACGUAAAAUAUGUUCUUGUUGUUUUUGGAGGUCUUGUUGGCUACCCCAGUGAUGAUAUUAAUAAGUUCCUGUGGAUGGUCCGUAUCGGAGGGGGUGUAUUCCCUCAUAUCAAGGAACCCGAUUACUUGAGGGAUGGGCAGUAUCGGAUUGACUCUCAGGCCACCCCAACCAAUUCUCAAUUACUCAUCAAAUGUACAAACUUCUUACUUAUUACAGGUUUGUGGACACCGAUGGUAUUCACAACCCACCAUUGGAUGGUUCGGAUUUACAAACUAAAACCACCAAGGAACAGGAUCCGCGGAAAGACAAAGAAGUCAAAAUCGAAAUCAAGUUCAUCAAGUAGCAGCACAAAAAGAAGUAGCACACGAAAGAAUCCUUGGCACUGA